GUUCCGAGGUUCAGCAUGCCGUUACCAAGGCGUAGGGCUUCCUUUUUGGGGCAACAGCCCUCAACUUCCACAGCGGAAAGCUCAGGGGCCACCAGCCGCAGGGUUAGUGUUGGUGGAGCAGGAAGCUUGUCGAGACCACCAGGUGUUUAUGUGGGCAUUGUACCGACGGGAGGUGUGAGCAGUCUGGGCACCCGGGUGUCCCGCAGAGCUCUGGGCAUAAGCAGUGUUUUCCUACAAGGCCUCCGUAGCUCUUGUACAACCAUACCAUUACCCCAAGGGCUGGAAAGGGGACGGGGCCUGUCCUAUGAGAGCCUGAAUGGGUGUCUGGUGGACUACAUUGAAAAGGUGAGAGCUUUAGAGCAGGUAAACCAGGAACUUGAAGACCGCAUCCGAGUUUACCUGAACAAGAAGUCUUCCAGUGCCAAUAACUGGGGAGCUCUGAGAGACAGCUGGGAGACCAUCUACCACCAAGUCGGGGAUGCAGUCCUGGAAAAUGCCCGGCUUAUGCUGCAAACAGAGAAUAUUCAAGCCUGUGCUGAAGAUGUUAAAGACAGGUAUGAAAAUGAACAACCAUUCCGGAAGGCAGUGGAAGACGAAAUUAACUCCCUCUAUAAAGUGAUUGAUGAUGCAAAUUUGACUAAAAUGGACCUGGAAAGUCAGAUUGAAAGCAUGAAAGAAGAACUAAGUUUAUUGUCAAAGAAUCAUGAAGAGGAUGUCAAGAUGCUAUAUAAGCAGCUUGCUGUAUCACCACUGGAAGAAUUAGAUUCCCCCAUCGGAAUUGGCCUGGAUGACAUAUUAGAGAAAAUCCGGAUUCACUGGGAGAAAGAUAUUGAACGGAACCGUGUUGAGACUGGUGCAUUGCUCCACACCAAGCAAGCCACAGAAAGUGCACCUGCUGUACGAACCCAAGAGGAGGAAUUGAUUGAAUCUCUGAGGGCAGAGUUUCAUGAGACAGCUUGCAAAAUACAAAGCCUGCAGGCAGAGACUGAAUCAUUGAGAACACUGAAGAGAGGCCUGGAGAACUCUCUCUAUGAUGCCAAGCACUGGCAUGACAUAGAGCUUCAGAAUUUAGGCUCCGUCGUGACCAAACUGGAAGCAGAAGUAGGAGAAAUCCGAGCAGAGACUGAGCAACAGCAGAGAGAUCGCGAAACCCUGCUGUCCAUUAAAACACAGCUGGAGAAAGACAUUGCUGCAUACCACUGCCUUCUAGACAAGGAAGAGAGCAGCUGAUUUUCAAAUUGCCUUCAGAGGACAAUUAUUGUCACUCAAAGCAGAAGAGGUGCUCACUGGUAAAAGUGACCAUGGAAACGACGACAGCCAAUCCAGUCCGCUUCAGUUUGAGUUGUCAACCUAAGUAGGCCAUAGCUUGACCUACUACACUAGGCAUCCCCACGUAUGCUUGCUUUGCUUACAGGUUUCAAUACAUCCAACAUAAUUAGAGAAUAAAAUAUCAGUUUCAAUUA